AAUUAUGACAUCGUAUACGACGUCACGCGACUUCAUUAUUGUGACGUCAUAAUCAGCAGAAUCGGCGUAAGGUCUCAUUUGACACCUCUUCACCCCAAAUCUUUCUCCCUGAGCGAUGGUGUGAGUAUGGAGGAGGAAGAUGGGGAGGAUGACAUCCGGGCCAUCCAGAAAUUGCGGAGGGAGCUGCACUGGGAACGUGAGUCCGCACGGACAUUACAUGUCUCAGCCAACCAGUGGAGGAACAUCGUGCGGGAGGGUCUCGUGAUCAACAACCAGAGAGAACAGGAAGAAGUUGAAUGGAGAAUCAGGUACCAGUACCAGCGAUCCUUCAACGAGAUGCUGAACUUUCAGAUUCAGAACUUGAAGGGCGAGAUGCGGGAACUACGGCGGGGCAACAACGAGGCUAGUACCAACGCGGGAGGCGACAUGCUGAAGAGGUCCCUGGCUGAGUGUCGUCUCAAAGUAAGACAUCUUGAUACAGAUCUCAAGUCCAUGAAAAACCUAAGGAGCAUGUAUGAGCGGCAGCUGGACCACGAGUCUGUGGUGUACUCCAAUGUCAAGGAGAAACGGAGCGCGGUCGUCAAAGACAUCUUGUUCCUGCAAAAUAUAUGCAUAAAACAACAACAGAAAUUUGAAAAAGAAUAUUUUGCCAAACUCAGACAAAAACAUGGUGAGGUUAUAUUUCAUGAUAGCAAGGGAUGUUUGAGGAAGAUUCGCCCAGAAGGCGUAAAAUCUCAUCCACCUAAUGUCAGAGCCAAAGAGUCCAGCGAAAGGGUCAACGCCAAGAGGUCGGACACAUCUGCUGACAGUAUCGUGGCCAAAGUUUCGAAUACAUGCACUGAUAGCAUGAGGAUGAAAGACAGCAAUAUUUCCACCAGAGACGGGGCAUCCCUGAAGCACGUCACACACCACCAUGGCAGGACGCAAACAGACAAAACCAGUGUGCAGUUUCAACGCAGUAAACAUGGAAAGCAACACCUUGAGAGAGUGACAUACAAUGAUGAUCUAUUCAAUUUUUGAUCAUCUUGGGUUACCAACAAUACGACACCCUAGGUUACCUAUUCGGCUCGACACAGAAGUCAUGCCCACCGUGCCUCCAGUCUUAGCUUGUUUUUGUUAUCUUUAAAUUAUGCAGGCGUUUCGUUUGGGCAGUAGCAGUAGUAUCCGUUGUGCUAAUUGCAACCAGAAGCCAUUUCCCAUGUUAUCGGGAUAUUAUUAACAAUAAACUUUUGUAUUCUUUAA